CAAAAUAAGAGAUUAACUUCUGUUUUUUUGUUUGACAUCAAGAGAUUAACUUUAAUUAACUACAUACAUACAGUUUAACAAAUUAAAAUAAAUAAAAACUUCCAUGUGGUCUCUUCUUCCUUCCUUCCUUUAAGAACGCGUUACAGACAUUGAUCAGACUUCGCGCCGCCCACCUCUCUCUUUUUCUCUCUCACACGUUUUUUUUCUCUCCUUCCUUCUUCAUCGCCGGAGACUUUUGACUAUUCACUUUUCUUUAAACCUCUCUUUCUCCAUUACCCAAACCACAAGAUCUCUCUCUCUCUCUCUUCUCUCUUCGAACAUGGCGUUACCCAAGAACAGUAACAGCAGCAGCACCAAGAAGAAGGUCUCCUACAUCUCAGUCCCUUCUCAGAUCAUAAACUCUCUAUCUUCCUCCUCCUUACAAUCCCUCCUCGUCUCCCCCAAGAAGUCAUCGAGAUGCACCAACAGGUUCACCUACCGAAACCCAAGAAUCUGGUUCUUGACUCUCUUCCUCGUCUCACUCUUCGGCAUGCUAAAACUCGGACUCAACGUUGACCCGAUCUCCCUCCCUUUCUCACGUCACCCUUGCUCCACGGGUAGCUUCGACGAACACCACGCCGUUUCCCAUCUCGCUUUCGCUUCAGAAAACGACACGCAGUCCAACUCGUCUUCUGUGUAUCCAAAGAACGAGACUUUGCCCACGGAAGGUGACUUCUGGAAGCAACCUGAUGGGUUAGGGUUUAAGCCGUGUCUUGGGUUCAGCAGACAGUAUCGAAAAGACAGCAACUCGAUUCUCAAGAACAGGUGGAAGUAUCUUCUCGUUGUUGUCGCUGGUGGGCUGAAUCAGCAGAGGAACCAGAUCGUUGAUGCUGUGAUCAUCGCUAGGAUCCUUGGUGCUUCUCUCGUUGUACCUGUUCUGCAAGUCAACGUCAUCUGGGGAGACGAAAGUGAGUUUGCGGAUAUAUUCGAUUUGGAGCAUUUCAAGAACGUUUUAGCGGAUGAUGUUCAUAUAGUUUCGUCUUUACCUUCAACACAUGUAAUGACGAGACCUGUGGAAGAGAAAAGGACUCCCCUUCACGCUUCUCCUCAAUGGAUUCGCGCUCAUUACCUCAAGCGAAUAAACAGAGAAAGAGUGUUACUUCUCCGUGGCCUCGAUUCAAGGCUCUCCAACGAGCUUCCUUCUGAUCUCCAGAAACUCCGAUGCAAGGUAGCUUUCCAAGCUUUGAGAUUCUCACCGAGAAUCCUCGAACUCGGCAACAAGCUAGCUUCGAGAAUGCUUAGCGAAGGACAGUACCUCUCACUCCAUCUACGUAUGGAGAAAGACGUUUGGGUCAGAACCGGUUGUCUCCCCGGUUUAACCCCCGAGUACGACGAGAUAGUCAACAGCGAGAGACAACGCCACCCGGAGCUUCUCACCGGCCGUUCAAACAUGACUUACAACGAGAGAAAACUCGCUGGCCUUUGUCCUCUCACCGCUCUAGAAGUCACGAGGCUUCUCAAAGCCUUGGAAGCACCGAAGGACGCGAGAAUCUACUGGGCGGGAGGAGAGCCUCUAGGUGGGAAAGAGGCUUUGGAGCCGUUGACCAAAGAGUUCCCUCACCUCUACAACAAACACGAUCUCGCGUUACCCGGCGAGCUCGAGCCCUUCGCCAAGAAAGCCUCGGUCAUGGCUGCGAUAGACUACAUCGUCUGCGAGAGGAGCGACGUCUUCAUACCGUCGCACGGCGGGAACAUGGGACACGCGUUGCAAGGGCAGAGAGCUUACGCUGGUCACAAGAAGUACAUUACGCCUAACAAGAGACAUAUGCUUCUUUACUUCAUGAAUGCUUCGCUGCCUGAGUCGGAGUUUAAUAGGAUUGUGAAGGAUCUUCAUCGUGAGUCUUUGGGGCAGCCGGUGUUGAGAACGGGUAGAGGUGGGAAGGAUGUUACUAAGCAUCCUGUUUCAGAGUGUAUGUGUUCAGAUAGACAGCAACAACAACAAGAACAAUAAGUCUUGAAGAGUGGUUCGUGCAGAGUAUUCUUUUAGUUCUUUUUUUUUUUUGGCCUUGAUUUGGAGUAUAUAUUAUGCGUUUGUAUUCUUUGAAGUGAGGUUAUUUACGUGGGGAAAGUAGAAUAGGAAUGAGAUAUGAUUCUUUGAUUUGAUUUAUUUGAAACUGUAAUUAUAUAUUGCAGUGUUUGUAUACGGUUAUACUUGUACCAUAACAUAAAUAAAAAGCAACAUUUGACAACA